AUGGAGGAGGAGCUGAGCCAAAUGGAGCCCGGCACCAAGGUGACGCUGCAGCGGCAGGCGUCGUCGGGGUCCCUGACGCAGGGCCCGUCGGGGGAGCUCCGGCGGCAGACGUCGCUGGAGUCGUCCCCCCGCUCGGGGCGCGGCGGGAACCGGCACCUGUUCGGGCGGCAGUCGUCCAUGGACCCCAACCGGCGGCGCGGCCGGAGCCAGAGCCCCGUGGGCUCCCAGGCCGACCAGGACCUCGCCGUGCCGGACAACCUCGAUUCCACCAUGCAGCUGCUCUUCCUCGCCUGCCAGGGCGACGCGCCCGGCGUCGAGGCGCUGCUCCACGGCGGCGUCGACGUCAACAGCAUCAACCUCGACGGCCGCACCGCGCUGCACGUCGCUGCCUGCGAGGGCCAGCGCGAGGUCGUCAGCGUGCUGCUCGACUGGCAGGCCAACAUCGACGCCCGCGACCGAUGGGGCAGCACGGCGGUGGCCGAUUCCAAGUGUUACGGCCACAUGGACAUCUACGAUCUUCUGAAAUCUCAUGGUGGAAAGGCCCCGAGAAACAGGAGGACGCCGAUGAUGGUGUCGAACCCCGGGGAGAUACCGGAGUACGAGUUGAACCCCGGCGAGCUCCAGUUCCGGAAAGGGGACGAAGUGCUCAAGGGCACGUACCAAGUUGCAAAAUGGAACGGAACCAAGGUCUCCGUUAAAAUAGUCGACAGAGAAACCUACUCCGAUCAGGAAGCCAUAAACUCUUUCAGGCAUGAGCUGACGGUAUUCGAGAAGGUCCGGCACCCGAAUGUCGUCCAGUUCAUCGGAGCCGUCACGCAGAACAUACCCAUGAUGAUUGUUUCUGAAUACCAUGCAAAUGCUGAUUUAGGAAGCCUUAUUCAGAGGAAAGGAAGGCUGAAUGGCCACAAGGUGCUGAGAUAUGCCCUUGACAUUGCCAGGGGCAUGACUUAUCUGCAUCAGUGCAAGCCAGACCCCAUCAUCCACUGCGACCUAAAGCCAAAAAAUAUCUUCCUGGAUAAUGGAGGCCUAAUGAAGGUCGGAGGGUUCGGGCUGAUGAGGCUGUCCAAGAUGGCUCCUGACAAGGUGAAACUGAUGAACCACGAGGCCAUCGUCCACACCUCCAGUUACUACACUGCGCCUGAGAUGCACAGAAACGAGGUGUUUGACAUGAGCGUCGACGCGUACGCAUUCGGCUUCAUCCUUUACGAGAUGGUUGAAGGACUGCCCAACAUGGAAUCCACAACCGUCAUAGCCCGAUGCGAGGGGAUGCGGCCGUCGCUGAAGAACAAGCUCAAGGGGUACCCUUCAGACUUCAAAGGGCUGAUCGAGGAGUGCUGGGAGACGCACCCGAUGGCGCGGCCGACCUUCUCGGAGAUGAUCGUCCGGCUGGACAAGAUCUACGCGCACUGCAUGAAGCACGGGGCCUGGAAGGAGUCGCUCAAGAUCUGGAAAUGA